AUGUUAAAAAUGACAGAGGAGCAUGACAAGUGUGUCAGCGACCAACCGUGCAGCCCUUCGGGUUCAAACAGCUCCAUGUCCCAGGACGACUCCGACUCCGAUGCUCCGUCCUCACCUACGGGUUCUGACGGACAGGGGUCUCUGCUCACCAGUUUAGGCAAGAAACUGGACGUUGAUGAUGACGAACGGUUCCCAGCUUGCAUACGGGACGCUGUCUCUCAAGUCCUCAAAGGAUACGACUGGUCUUUGGUGCCCAUGCCCGUGAGGGGAAACGGAUCACUGAAGAGCAAGCCUCACGUCAAGAGACCCAUGAAUGCGUUCAUGGUCUGGGCGCAAGCGGCCCGCAGAAAACUGGCGGAUCAGUAUCCACACCUGCACAACGCCGAACUGAGCAAGACCCUCGGAAAACUGUGGCGUUUACUCUCAGAGAGUGAAAAAAGGCCAUUUGUAGAUGAAGCAGAGAGGCUGCGGGUUCAGCACAAAAAGGACCAUCCAGAUUACAAGUACCAGCCUCGGCGACGGAAGAAUGUGAAACCAGGUCAGAGUGACUCAGACUCAGGAGCAGAGCUGGCCCAUCAUAUGUACAAAGCUGAACCAGGGAUGGGAGGACUGGCUGGGAUGACUGAUGGACAUCACCACCCUGAGCAUGCAGGGCAGCCCCACGGCCCCCCUACACCACCCACUACUCCCAAAACAGAUCUGCACCACGGGGUGAAGCAGGAUCUAAAACACGAAGGCCGUCGUCUUGUUGACAGCACCAGGCAAAACAUUGACUUCAGCAACGUCGACAUCUCUGAGCUCAGCACUGAUGUCAUCAGCAACAUGGAGACCUUCGAUGUGCACGAGUUUGACCAGUACCUCCCGCUCAACGGCCACGCCUCACUCCCCUCCGCCCUGCCCUCAGACCACAGCCACGGCCAGGCUCCAGCAGCCGGUGGCUCUUACGCUUCCUCGUACAGCCACGCAGGUGCCAACGGAUCAGCAUGGAGUCGCAAGAGCACCAUGUCCUCCACCUCUCCCUCCACCAGUGAGGUGGCCCAGCACCGGCUCCACAUAAAAACAGAGCAACUGAGCCCGAGCCACUAUAGCGAGCACUCCCACGGGUCACCGUCGCACUCUGAUUACAGCUCCUACAGUAGCCAGGCCUGUGUCACCUCGGCCACGUCGGCUGCUUCGGCCGCGGCCUCGUUCUCCAGCUCCCAGUGUGACUAUACUGACCUCCAGAGCUCCAACUAUUACAACCCUUACUCCGGCUACCCCUCCAGUCUCUACCAGUACCCUUACUUCCACUCCUCCAGGAGGCCCUACAGCAGUCCGAUCCUUAACAGUCUGUCAAUGGCUCCUGCCCACAGCCCCACCGCCUCGAGCUGGGACCAGCCGGUCUACACCACACUGUCUCGGCCUUAAGGGGAAACAAACAAUAGAGACUCCGCAACAGAGACUUGUUCAGAUUGAUGCACUACUAAUGAAGGAAGUAAGGAGCAGGUAGAGAAGUGUGUAGACGGUGGUAGGCUACCUGUGAUCAUAUGAACAUGAAACAAGCAAAAGAAAAAGUGCCUGCUGAUUUUAUACAAAGUUAUAUCAUUGCGUUGAAAACACACUUGUACAUACUUUUUACACAAAGAGAAAUUGUGUUGUUGGUGAGCCAAACUCCUCCAUGAGGACAUAUCGCCUACGCCUACAUCCUGUACAUCCCUCUCCUUUCCAGUUUAAGAUUGCACGUGUGUGCACACUUGAGGUAAAGCAAAGGCCUGUCACUGCGUUGUGUAGGAGAAACAGUUUGGCCCAUUUCUGUGUUGAAGCAAAUGGGUUUGACGAUACAUUGGAGAAUGUACCGCGGACCAGUUAUGUGAAUUUACAGUUACAUUUCCAUGAAUGGCCAGUGCUAUACCACCACACAUUUGGCCAUUUACAUCAGAGGACCAGUCUUAACUGAAUCUUACAGUGUCAUUUUGGCAUAAAAGUCUUAUUAUAUGUAUUUAUGUUCAUGCAUUAUUGAUUUUUUUUUUUGUUUUUUUUUGUUCUAAGUAGAUAAACACAUGUAAUGUGGGUUUGGUUAUUUACAAUGCUGUUUUGGCUUUUAUAAAAAAAAAAAAAAAAACAAGGUAAAUGACAUGAAGGGCAGUACAAGUACAGUGCAGUUGAUAUCAUUCCGUUAAAGACCAAUUUCCUGAAUCAUCUCCAUUCCAUAUUGCAAGAAAACAGAGCAGGACCAAUAGACUUGCACAGGACAAAACAGGUGUCUGACAGCUAUGCUUGGCAAAUUGCGAUUAGUCAUGAUCUAGGGUUAAAGGAAAUGGGGUAAAAUAACACCGCACACUCUGAGUGACAUGUCAGCUGGACCUCCUGUAUAUGUGGUUGGACGCAACAUGAAAAUGUGUAUGCACAUGUGUGUGUGUGCGCGGCAGACAAAGUCAUAUGUACGUGCGAUCAUUUCCUUGUACAAGAGAUGCGUAUCCCAUGACAUAAUACACACCAAAUAAUACUUAAGACAAGUUCCUCACUGAAAAUGAUCCAUUUUACAAGGUGUAUUUAGGCUUGAGGGAGGAAAUGAAACAAAUAAAGUGUGUGUGUGAGAUUUCGUCUGUAAUCUCAUCAACCAUCAAGUGCCAACUCACUGUUGCAGUCUUGCACAAAAUGUAUUUGUGCCUUCUAAUGCUUAUUGUCAGUAUUUCAAUGUAAAAUUGAAUAAUUAACAAACUUCAGGCAGCACACAAUCAGUAAUACACACCAGAACCAACAGUUAACUUACUUUUUUGAUUAUAUACUUAAUUUGAUAUCAUUCCUUACAGCCUUGGCUUCUAAUGUUCUGUGAGAGUGUCAUGCUCAAAGUUUUGUUCACAGAAUUGUGUUUUGUAUAUUACUAUGGUGUAUAAUUUUGAGAGGCUGUGAAAAUUAUUGCUGUUCUAUUAACUAGAGUUUCAUUCACACAUGCACAGCUAACCCAUUUGCUGGCCAUUUUUAAAAAAUAAAGGAUACUUUUUCUUGA